AUGGCCGCCUACCUACCUACCUCGGGCUGUCGAGGCAGAUGGCCGCCUACCUACCUACCUCGGGCUGUCGAGGCAGAUGGCCGCCUACCUACCUACCUCGGGCUGUCGAGGCAGAUGGCCGCCUACCUACCUACCUCGGGCUGUCGAGGCAGAUGGCCGCCUACCUACCUACCUCGGGCUGUCGAGGCAGAUGGCCACCUACCUACCUCGGGCUGUCGAGGCAGAUGGCCGCCUACCUACCUUGGGCUGUCGAGGCAGAUGGCCGCCUACCUACCUACCUCAGGCUGUCGAGGCAGAUGGCCGCCUACCUACCUACCUCGGGCUGUCGAGGCAGAUGGCCGCCUACCUACCUACCUCGGGCUGUCGAGGCAGAUGGCCACCUACCUACCUCGGGCUGUCGAGGCAGAUGGCCGCCUACCUACCUUGGGCUGUCGAGGCAGAUGGCCGCCUACCUACCUACCUCAGGCUGUCGAGGCAGAUGGCCGCCUACCUACCUACCUCGGGCUGUCGAGGCAGAUGGCCGCCUACCUACCUCGGGCUGUCGAGGCAGAUGGCCGCCUACCUACCUACCUCGGGCUGUCGAGGCAGAUGGCCGCCUACCUACCUACCUCAGGCUGUCGAGGCAGAUGGCCGCCUACCUACCUACCUCGGGCUGUCGAGGCAGAUGGCCGCCUACCUACCUCGGGCUGUCGAGGCAGAUGGCCGCCUACCUACCUCGGGCUGUCGAGGCAGAUGGCCGCCUACCUACCUCGGGCUGUCGAGGCAGAUGGCCGCCUACCUACCUCGGGCUGUCGAGGCAGAUGGCCGCCUACCUACCUACCUCGGGCUGUCGAGGCAGAUGGCCGCCUACCUACCUACCUCUGGCUGUCGAGGCAGAUGGCCGCCUACCUACCUACCUCGGGCUGUCGAGGCAGAUGGCCGCCUACCUACCUACCUCGGGCUGUCGAGGCAGAUGGCCGCCUACCUACCUACCUCGGGCUGUCGAGGCAGAUGGCCGCCUACCUACCUACCUCGGGCUGUCGAGGCAGAUGGCCGCCUACCUACCUACCUCGGGCUGUCGAGGCAGAUGGCCGCCUACCUACCUACCUCGGGCUGUCGAGGCAGAUGGCCGCCUACCUACCUACCUCGGGCUGUCGAGGCAGAUGGCCGCCUACCUACCUACCUCGGGCUGUCGAGGCAGAUGGCCGCCUACCUACCUACCUCGGGCUGUCGAGGCAGAUGGCCGCCUACCUACCUACCUCGGGCUGUCGAGGCAGAUGGCCGCCUACCUACCUCGGGCUGUCGAGGCAGAUGGCCGCCUACCUACCUUGGGCUGUCGAGGCAGAUGGCCGCCUACCUACCUACCUCAGGCUGUCGAGGCAGAUGGCCGCCUACCUACCUACCUCGGGCUGUCGAGGCAGAUGGCCGCCUACCUACCUCGGGCUGUCGAGGCAGAUGGCCGCCUACCUACCUACCUCGGGCUGUCGAGGCAGAUGGCCGCCUACCUACCUACCUCGGGCUGUCGAGGCAGAUGGCCGCCUACCUACCUACCUCAGGCUGUCGAGGCAGAUGACCCCCUACCUACCUCGGGCUGUCGAGGCAGAUGGCCGCCUACCUACCUCGGGCUGUCGAGGCAGAUGGCCGCCUACCUACCUCGGGCUGUCGAGGCAGAUGGCCGCCUACCUACCUCGGGCUGUCGAGGCAGAUGGCCGCCUACCUACCUCGGGCUGUCGAGGCAGAUGGCCGCCUACCUACCUCGGGCUGUCGAGGCAGAUGGCCGCCUACCUACCUACCUCGGGCUGUCGAGGCAGAUGGCCGCCUACCUACCUACCUCAGGCUGUCGAGGCAGAUGGCCGCCUACCUACCUACCUCGGGCUGUCGAGGCAGAUGGCCGCCUACCUACCUACCUCGGGCUGUCGAGGCAGAUGGCCGCCUACCUACCUACCUCGGGCUGUCGAGGCAGAUGGCCGCCUACCUACCUACCUCGGGCUGUCGAGGCAGAUGGCCCCCUACCUACCUCGGGCUGUCGAGGCAGAUGGCCGCCUACCUACCUCGGGCUGUCGAGGCAGAUGGCCGCCUACCUACCUCGGGCUGUCGAGGCACAUGGCCGCCUACCUACCUCGGGCUGUCGAGGCAGAUGGCCGCCUACCUACCUCGGGCUGUCGAGGCAGAUGGCCGCCUACCUACCUACCUCGGGCUGUCGAGGCAGAUGGCCGCCUACCUACCUACCUCGGGCUGUCGAGGCAGAUGGCCGCCUACCUACCUACCUCGGGCUGUCGAGGCAGAUGGCCGCCUACCUACCUACCUCAGGCUGUCGAGGCAGACGGCCGCCUACCUACCUACCUCGGGCUGUUGAGGCAGAUGGCCGCCUACCUACCUACCUCGGGCUGUCGAGGCAGAUGGCCGCCUACCUACCUACCUCGGGCUGUCGAGGCAGAUGGCCGCCUACCUACCUCGGGCUGUCGAGGCAGAUGGCCGCCUACCUACCUUGGGCUGUCGAGGCAGAUGGCCGCCUACCUACCUCGGGCUGUCGAGGCAGAUGGCCGCCUACCUAUUGGCAUUCAUGCGUACCUUCGGGACAUCAAUAGCACAGCAUUUAUUUAA